UCUCAAAUAAAACCCAACUCUCUCCACUUUUGAUUCUCUCUACCUCAACAACCACCUUCUCAGUUUUUACUCUCGCAUUCUCCAAACUACAACUCUUCAUCAUAGGAACCUCCGUUUCAUGGAAGCUCUCUCUCAUGUCAUCGGCCCUCAGGUCGCUCUAACUCGCCGGAAUUUUAUCCUUCCUUCCUCUCAUGGAUUCCAUUCUCGGAUCGUUCCUGCCUCGGGAUCGGCGUCGAAUCCGAGGAGGAGAUUAGUUGUUGUGGCGCAGGCGCAGCAGAGGAAGAACUCCUCCGCACCGAUUGAUUUCAGUGAUCCUGAUUGGAAAUUUAAGUUCCAGAGAGAUUUCGAGGAGCGGUUUAACAUUCCUCAUCUCACCGAUAUCUUCCCUGACGCCGAGGCUUUCCGUUCGACGUUCUGUCUUAAGAUGAGGACUCCGGUAUCAGAAGAUUUUGCAGGUGGUUAUCCAUCUGAUGAAGAGUGGCAUGGGUACAUAAAUAAUAAUGAUCGGGUGCUCCUCAAGGUUAUACGUUAUUCGUCACCUACCUCUGCUGGCGCUGAGUGCAUUGAUCCUGAUUGUACUUGGGUUGAACAAUGGGUUCAUCGAGCUGGUCCUCGGGAAAAAAUAUAUUUCAAACCAGAAGAAGUCAAGGCAGCAAUUGUUACUUGUGGUGGGCUAUGUCCUGGUUUAAAUGAUGUCAUCAGACAGAUUGUCAUUACACUUGAAAUAUAUGGAGUGAAAAACAUUGUCGGGAUUCCUUUUGGUUAUCGUGGAUUUUCUGAUAAGGACUUAGCUGAAAUGCCGCUAUCGAGAAAAGUUGUGCAGAAUGUUCAUCUUUCCGGUGGAAGUUUGUUAGGAGUUUCACGUGGAGGACCCACUGUCAGUGAAAUUGUUGACAGCAUGAAGGAAAGGGGAAUCAACAUGCUUUUUGUUUUGGGUGGGAAUGGUACACACGCUGGUGCCAACGCAAUACACAAUGAGUGUCGUAAAAGGAGGAUGAAAGUAGCUGUUGUUGGCGUGCCAAAAACAAUUGAUAAUGAUAUUUUGUUGAUGGAUAAAACUUUCGGUUUUGACACUGCUGUUGAAGAAGCACAGCGAGCAAUAAAUUCUGCAUAUAUUGAGGCACACAGUGCUUACCAUGGUAUUGGCAUUGUGAAAUUGAUGGGUCGUAGCAGUGGAUUCAUAGCCAUGCAAGCAUCUCUAGCAAGUGGACAAGUUGAUAUUUGUUUGAUUCCAGAGGUACCUUUCCAUUUACAUGGCGCUCAUGGUGUAUUAAAUCAUCUGAAAUACCUAAUUGAAACAAAGGGAUCAGCUGUAGUCUGUGUAGCAGAGGGAGCUGGACAGAAUUUCCUGAAGAAAACUAAUGCUACUGAUGCAUCAGGAAACAUGGUGCUUGGAGAUAUUGGUGUACACAUUCAACAAGAGACAAAGAAAUGUUUCAAGGAAAUAGGUGUUCCAGCUGAUGUGAAGUAUAUUGAUCCCACAUACAUGAUCCGCGCUUGUCGUGCAAAUGCAUCAGAUGGAAUUCUAUGCACUGUUCUGGGACAAAAUGCUGUUCAUGGUGCUUUUGCCGGAUACAGCGGUAUUACAGUUGGCAUAUGCAACACUCACUAUGUCUACUUCCCCAUUCCUGAAGUUAUUUCGUAUCCGAAGUCUGUGGAUCCUAACAGCCGUAUGUGGCAUCGUUGCUUAACUUCAACAGGUCAGCCGGACUUCAUCUAAUUAUAUCAGGGCCUUCUAAUUUAUGCGAAAUGAGUCCGAAAUGUAUCUUCAGAGAGAAGCUUCCCAUUUUAGGCCUAGCUCAUUAUAGAGGCAGUUUUAAAAAUAAUACCAGAUCAAACUUGUAACCUUUUUUACUGUAUAGCAUUUCUAUGCCAACAAGGGUAUAUAUAGUUAUAGUCAAUAGAGAUAAUAAAUUUUUGCAAGAUCCAAGCCAAGCAUAAGGAUCCCGAAUUCAUUGUUUCAAACUAUACAUUUGUAUCAUCUUUGUUCAACUCAGAAUUAUUAUAAUUUAAAAAUUACAGCC